AUGACACAUCAACUCGGCAUCUCGACGAUGUCCCUGGGCCGAGCCUGGCUUCACGACUUUGAACCAAAGCUCGACCAAGCAGCAAAGUACGGCUAUACUGGCGUUGAAAUCUUCUACGAAGAUCUGGUCUAUCAUGCUAAGAAGUAUCAUGGAGGCGAAACACCAGAAAAUCAAUUGCGAGCCGCCGAAGACAUCUACUCGAUGUGCAAAGCUCGGGACAUCAGUAUCAUCAACAUCCAGCCAUUUAUGCAUUACGAAGGCCUAAUCGACCGCCAAAAACACGCCGAGCGGAUCGAGGAUCUCAAGUUCUGGUUCAAGCUUGCGCAUGCAUUGCACACAGAUAUGAUUGCCCUUCCUGCGUCUUUCUUGCCCGAAUCAGAGUGUACUGGUGACAUGUCAGUUGUUGUCGCCGACCUCCAGGAAGCAGCCGAUUUGGGUGCAGCACAAAAUCCACCUCUCCGUUUUGCGUAUGAAGCGCUAUGCUGGAGCACACAUUGCUACACCUGGGAGCAUAGCUGGGAAAUCGUGUCUGCUGUCGACCGCCCUAACUUCGGACUUUGUCUUGACACUUUCAACAUUGCUGGUCGCAUCUACGCUGACCCUACACAACCAUCUGGCAAGCGACCGACUGCGGAUGCAGACCUCGCUGCUGCUAUUGCUGCGAAGCUUGUUCGUCCCGACAAGCUGUUCUUCGUUCAAGUUGUAGAUGCUGAGAGACUAUCUUCACCAUUACUCAAAGGACAUCCCUUCUACGACCCAGAGCAAAAUCCUCGUAUGUCAUGGUCACGCAACUGCAGACUCUUCUAUGGAGAGCAAGACCGUGGUGGAUACCUCCCCAUUCGCGAGAUCUUGAAAGCCAUCCUGCAUGAUUUGGGCUACAGCGGAUGGCUGAGCUUUGAGUUGUUCAAUCGAUCUAUGGCUGACCCCAGCCCUGAGACGCCAGCUGAGCAUGCUCGUCGAGGUGCUGAGUCGUGGGAGAAGAUGGUAGCUGAUCUGGAGCUCAAUGGUCAUCUUGCUGAUAGCGCUGUCAGUGUGGGCUCAGCAUCGACCAAGGCAUGA